CAUCAUGGAGGCUGUAGCCGUGUUUUCUUUCCGAGCAAAAGAACGAGACGAGCUCAGCUUCCAGAAAGGAGAGAUACUGAAGGUGACAGAGAUGGAUGAGGAUCCUAAUUGGAUGAUGGCAGAACUCCACGGGAGGCGAGGCUACGUCCCCGAGAACUACAUUAGUCUGUUACCACACCCGUGGUUUGCGGGACGUGUGUCCAGGCAGCAGGCUGAGCAGCGGUUGCGUUGGGAGGAGAGAGGAGUGUUCCUGGUUAGAGAGUCAGAGAGUUCACCAGGAGAGUUCUCUGUUUCUGUCAGCUAUGGCGACAUGGUCGAGCACUUCCUGGUUCUCGAGGGGUUGGGUCAGUACUGUGUGUGGGAGGAGACUUUCUCGUCUCUCAACCGAUUGGUCGACUUCUACAGAUCACACAGCAUCGCCCAGGAGAGACCUGUCUACCUGACCGACCCUCCUGACACACCUCUACACACACACACACCCUCACACACACCCCUACACACACACACACCUGCACACCCUCUCACACAUACUGCCAUGCAUCUACCGGACCCUAACCCUAACCCAAACCCCUACACACCCCUAACCCUAGCACACACACACACACCUAACCCGUAUCUAGCUGAGCACCACACACACCCCACUCACCCUCGCACACACACCCACUCCCCUAACACACACCCCACACACACCCCUACCCAACACCCCCCAGCCCCAGCCAGCUACUCCAACAGAAGAGAACCAAGCAGGAACCUGAACUGGGGCUAUUCUGCCCCUACAUAACCACACACACACACACACACACACACACACACACAAACUAACACAAACACACACACACACACACACACAC